AUGUCGGAAGGAACAGUCGUUGCUGAAUCAUCUUCACGCGGUCGCGGCAGAGGUCGAGGAAAGUCGAGAGGGGGCCUAGGAAAAUAUCUUCGCGCUCGGGGUAGAGGUAGAGGCAUUGGACGGCCUGCUGAAUUCAGCAAACGGUUGGUGUUAGAGGGUGAAGAAGGCGAGGAAGAAAACGAGGAAGAGGCUGCCGCUCGUCAGGCAAAAUACUCUCGAAGGAACUUAGGAACUAACGCAGAUCGAUAUGCAGAGCAAGAGCCGGAAUUGGACUCGGAUGGGGAGCCCAUCGUCGAGCCCGAAGUCGAUCUGUCUGUGUUCUUAGAAAAGCAAAGAUUGACAGAUGCCCGUGGGCCUGCAACACACCUUCCGCCAGAAGAUGACGAUGAUGUGGACCAUUCUCUUGAUACUCUAACAUCUAGUAAGACGCCGAAUCUCAAAGGUAAAGCCCAACAAAUUCAGUGGGAUGACUCGCUCGAAGACCUCUUGCAUGAAAAGGCCGCAGCUGAGGCAACCAGAGAACUAAAGAACCGCUUUAGAGCAAAAUCGGAGAAGCUGCGAACAAGUGGUAGAACUACGACUACCAACAGUAGGAAAAAAGAAGUAUCCUAUGCCGAUGCACCACCACUGCCGAUAUCCGGGAAUGAACGACCCAAGACAGAGAUGGAAAAGAUGGAAGAUUUUCUGGACGAUUUAUUGAGUUGA